UUGUAAUCUUUGCUCAGUCCAACGUGGUCCCUUCACCCGGGCUCGGCUCUUGCCUUCUCCACACUUGUUUGAUUUAUGAGGAAUCCAAGAUGAACUUGGAGCAGGAGAGGCCGUUUGUCUGCAGUGCCCCAGGCUGCUCCCAGCGUUUCCCAACAGAGGACCAUCUGAUGAUUCAUAGGCACAAGCACGAGAUGACUUUGAAGUUCCCUUCAAUAAAGACAGACAAUAUGCUGUCAGAUCAGACUCCGACGCCCACAAGAUUCCUGAAGAACUGUGAAGAGGUGGGUCUCUUCAGCGAGCUGGACUGCUCCUUUGAGCACGAGUUCAGGAAGGCUCAAGAGGAAGAGAACAGCAAGCGGAAUAUCUCCAUGCAUAAUACAGUUGGUGGGACCAUGACGGGACCCGGAGCUCACCAGCUAGGCAGCACUCGGAUGCCCAACCAUGACAGCAGCGUUGUGAUUCAGCAAGCCAUGCCUUCUCCCCAGUCCAGCUCGGUCAUCACUCAGGCUCCUUCCACCAACCGCCAGAUUGGGCCUGUCCCAGGCUCUCUAUCAUCUCUACUCCAUCUCCACAACAGACAGAGGCAGCCCAUGCCGGCCUCCAUGCCUGGAACCCUGCCCAACCCCACCAUGCCAGGAUCUUCUGCCGUCUUGAUGCCUAUGGAGAGACAGAUGUCAGUGAACUCCAGCAUCAUGGGCAUGCAAGGUCCAAACCUCAGCAACCCCUGUGCUUCUCCCCAAGUCCAGCCAAUGCAUUCAGAAGCCAAAAUGAGACUGAAGGCUGCGCUGACUCACCAUCCUGCCGCCAUGUCGAACGGGAACAUGAGCACCAUCGGACACAUGAUGGAGAUGAUGGGCUCCCGGCAAGACCAGACACCGCACCACCACCUGCACUCACACCCGCAUCAGCACCAGACACUGCCGCCCCACCACCCCUACCCACACCAGCACCAGCACCCCGCACACCAUCCCCACCCACAGCCUCACCACCAGCAGAACCACCCGCACCACCACUCCCAUUCCCACCUUCACGCACACCCGGCGCACCACCAGACCUCGCCACACCCACCCCUGCCCACCGGCAACCAAGCACAGGUUUCACCAGCUACACAACAGAUGCAGCCAACCCAGACAAUACAACCGCCCCAGCCCACAGGGGGACGCCGGCGAAGAGUGGUGGAUGAGGACCCAGAUGAGAGGCGGAGGAAAUUUCUGGAAAGGAACCGGGCCGCCGCCACCCGCUGCAGACAGAAGAGGAAGGUCUGGGUGAUGUCACUGGAAAAGAAAGCUGAAGAGCUCACCCAGACAAACAUGCAGCUUCAGAAUGAAGUGUCCAUGUUGAAAAACGAGGUGGCCCAGCUGAAGCAGUUGUUGUUAACACAUAAAGACUGUCCGAUAACAGCCAUGCAGAAAGAAUCCCAAGGGUAUUUAAGUCCAGAGAGCAGCCCUCCUGCGAGCCCUGUGCCAGCAUGCUCUCAGCAGCAAGUUAUCCAACACAACACCAUCACUACAUCCUCAUCGGUCAGCGAGGUCGUGGGGAGCUCCACCCUCAGUCAGCUUACAACUCACAGAACAGACCUGAAUCCUAUUCUUUAAAAGGCAUCGGUCAAACCUGGCCUUUGAGAAGAGCUGUAGCAUGCCGUACAUCCUUUCUCAAAGGGGCAUUUUUUUUAGAAUUAUCUCAGACCUGGAAGACGCCUCAGCCCUUCAAAGACUGGCUUUCAUUUUUAUAGUUAUUAUGGAAAUGUUGUCUUUUAUACUUAGUUAUAUAAGAAAAAAGGGAGAUAUGCAAUGAAUAUCUAUCAGCUUGGGGAGCACGUUGGUGCUUCUCUGCAAUUUUCUGGUACCAGUUUCUUGUUUAUAAACGGAACCUUUCCUGUAUAUAGCCAUGGUUUCAUUCUUACCAGCCCAACCCUUUGCCUGGAACAAUGAAUCUUGUUCAACUACAGCUUUUAGCCAAAAUGAGGUAUGCUUAGAUGUCAAGCGAGAUGGAUCCACACAGUAACUGGGUGGGAAAGCUCAUGAUGUCAUAACUCAUGUUGAGUUUGUGCUGUGAUGUCACCAGAAUCUCAGAUAAACACAUGGGCCUUCCUGAAUAUUUUUUUCUCUUGCUAGAAAAAAAUAAAUUAUGGUCCAUCCAUAUCCCAUGAAAGCCACCAAGCAUCUCAGGCCCCCUCCUUCCUCUCUUUUCUACUUGCGCAGAUGUCCAAUAUCCAUCUCAUUUUCCUUUCCCCGGAUCCCUUGUUUACUCUUUGUUUUGACUUUUUUUCUGUUUCCUUUUCUCCCCUUUAGCUUUGCAUGUAAAAAAGAAAAUAAUGUUUAAAGAAGAGAAAAAGCAAAUCUGGAAACUGUGGACCUAGCCACAGUUUAACCCACAGCUGGAGUUCAUUCAAUUUUUGCCUUUCACAAAAUAGCAACCAGGAGAUGUUUAAUGUGCCUGAUUUAAUGUUUUUAAUAACCAGAGCAAAUAAAAGGUGGUUUGGUUAUAGGUGAAGCACUGUUGAAUGCCAGCUGUGGGGACACUAGGGAAAGGGACUUCGUAAGCUCCAACUGUGAAAAUUCAAAUAAGGAUGUGGGCUCUAACAUCACACCCUCGAAUUACAGCUCGCUUCUAUGGCCUGUCUAUAAUGUAAAAAAUCCAUGCACUAUAUAAUAGUUCAGAAGGGCUCUGUUCACUACACAGAUUACAUUGUUCAAUCAUCAGCUGCUAAUAACCUAAGAUUUAUUAUUAUUAUUUUUCUUAAGCCUAUGGAACCAGCUCUGCUGUUCUGGUGGGCAAAAGCAAACUCACUCUUGGAGCAACAGAGAGAAAGCGAGGCCAGCGUUUCUCGGGGACUCGCAGUCUGCCAGAACAGUCAGACUCCUUGGCUGCUGACCGAGUCCCAUGGAGGUGGCCAGGCUGGUGCGCUCAUCUGAGUAGUUCUGAUUUAUAUUUUCAGCAAUGUCCACGGACUUGCCCAUUACGGAAAGCAGAUCAAACCCAAACCACAGUUGUGCCUCCUUGAAACAAGCCAUUCUACUCUGCUGGUGUUUUACUAUCGUGUUUCACAAAUAAUAGGGGCUAAUGUUUCUCACUAGCAGUCUGGGCAUAUGCUGGUGUUUCAUCUCUGCCCAAAUAAUUCACCUCCUAACCUAUGUGUGUGUGUGUGCACAUGGAUGUGUGUGCCUGAGUGUGUGAGUGUGUGUGUGUGUGUGUGUGUGUGUGUGUGUGUGUGUGUUUAUGAACAGUAUAGGUUUUAAAAGAACAGUAUUUUACAAAAGCCAUCACUUUUAUAAGAGUUCUGUAAAGGAAGGAUGUACUUCUUCGCUCACUAUAGUUUAAAAAAAAUUCUAUUUUAGAGGAAAAAAAAAGAAAAUAUGAGGGCUCUGAGCAUGACUUUUAUAACUAGUUUCAGUUUUAUCUAAUAACUUACUUUUAAAAAAUCAAUAUUUAUCAAUAAUUUUCAUGUAUGCUGUGCUUUUUGAGAGACAUGUUUGGCUGUUCAGUAAAGCAUAAGAGUAUAUGGCCUAAGAAUCAAAAAGAAAUGAAAAAAUAAAAUAAAAAGAGGGAAAAGAAAAAUGAAAAGGGAAGAAAGAAGAUGGAGCAAACAGAAAUUUCUAUUGUAUUUUAGGAAAAUGCAUCAUUUUCAAGUAUUUUAAAUACUGAGUUAAUAUUGUUAUUUUUUUUUUAAUUCCAGCAGUAACAAAAUGGUUUAACCUAACUGGCUUGCUAAGAAACGUGUAAGUCUUAGAUUUGAAAGAAUUUAACAUUCAUAGCUCUGGAUUGAAAUCAAAGGUCAUUUUCUGCAAAAUUCCUUCCUUAGAUCAGGUCAGUGCUCUGCUCCCUUCAAAAUAGAAGGGGCAAGCUAGAGUGGCAGAGCUUGUGGCUUCUAUCUGACACUUGCUUUGGGUAAACAGGACCUUUCCCUCCUGCCUGCAUGUAUAGCACUUGAAGAAAUGAAUUUUUUAAUCCACUAGUAAUAUAACAUCCAGGGAGUGACCCGCCACUAAAAUGAUGAUUUUCAGUUUAUGUCUCUCCCACCACUCAACUGAAGUGCUUAGCCGUUCCAGGGACAGCCUUUGCAGUUAAGAACUUGCCUGGGUUUUCUUAAUUCAGAGACUCGACAGCUUGACUGAUGUGCAUUAUUUAUAGCUCAAUUAUGUCUGUUUUUUAUGCUAAGUAGGCAAGCCACCACACACAGCAAACCUUUCUCAACAUAUAAUUAGGAUAAACUGCCUUCUUGUUAUGGGCAGGCCCUUUAGGUGUGUUUGUUUGCAGUAUGGAUAGAGUCGGUGAGGGUGCCAGCUCGCUGUCAGUCGAGAAAAACUUCUGGGGAAAUCUAAUUUCUGGUUUAUCCCUAGUCAAGAUUCCACAGAAAGGUCCAUCCUUUACCAGAUCUCAGAGCCUGCCUGAAACAACCCUUGCACUGACUGCCAUACACCAGCGAUUCGAGGAGAGCAUCUCUCUAAUUCCUUUUCAUCGUCUUCUCCCAUCCAGUUACCAGUGUCAGCCAUACAGACUUUCAGGAGUCAGUGGUAACAGCCUUCAGAGUUCCCCCGUCCAAGGAGGGAAAGAAAGUUCAAGAAACACUGCCUCUCUUACUCCUGUGUGGCUCCAUUAUCACAGGAUCUGCUUCUGAAGUCCCUGCCAGCCUCCUGGGCACUUCUCCAGUACCUCCCUGCCUAACAUGCUGAGGGCUGGAAACUUAGUGCACAUCCCCACUCACUGAGAGAAAGACAUGGCACAUGAAUGCUUCUUAGAAACACCUUUCUCAAUCUACGAUGCUGGGAUAGGCAGACUCAAAGUCCCAGCCCCGGAUGAGUGUUCGAAUCUCAAAGCUAGAUAUGGAGUUAGCUAUGAUCUACUGGGUGCUGGUGACCCUCGUCAUCUCUUUACCCACAUGUCAAUGUGUGCGAGUUGCCAUAUUAAAACAGCCUGUGGGUGACCGAUAGUGUGUGUGCUGUUGAGGUGUGUAUCAUAAAGACUGGGGUGACUUGCUCAGCCAGUGCUCCGUGGAACUAAUCUAAUCAAUAAAAUGCAGUGGUUAUUCCAAGAGAGGUGUCAGUGGGGAAAUGUUCCGGUAACUGUUGCCUUCUAGGAAAGCAGAUUAUAGUGGCCUAGAGUUUGCCAUUAGAAUCAUAAACCAGCUUCAAUUUAAAAAAAAAGCCCUUAGCUGGGCUUAUUUUUAAGCAUCAGUAACUGCUAUAAAACUAGCCUUUCAGUUAGAAUAGGAUGUCCUUCCUUUUGAGCAAAACCAUCUAAGAAAAUAUAUAUGUAUGUAUGUACAGUGGGAUUCAAGGACCAAAGCAAAAUUUGAACAGGAAUCUAUUAAUUUAGAAUGUAUAAGAUAUUUAUUAAUAAAUGUUAUUUUAAACAUUCCAUUUGAACAGUAUUCUUCUGUAGGCUCUAUGUGUCUUGAAAAUGUUAGUCCCUAAUAGCCUGCCCUAGUUUGGGUGCCAUUUUUCAGGGUCUUGGGUGGCUCUUCCUGUCAUUUGCUGGAAGCCCGCGCGCAGAUCUUUGUGCAUCUUUUGAGGCUUGUUUACUGCUCUGUGAGUUCUUAGUUAAUCUACCUUCUGAGAAAGUUUUUUUUUUUUUAAAUGUAUUUCUUCUUUUCAUUUUUUUUUUUUUCACGUGAGCUCUUUCAUUUAGGAAGCAAAUUCAGCUAAAGGGCAUCAGUGAUGGGAACCCGAGCGGCUUUGGAUUUUCUUUUACCCAUAAAAUGCCUUCCUCCUGGCUUCUCUUCACUGCAUGCCCAUCUCCAAGAACACCCAGCACCACUCAGCUCGCUGGAGCUGCCUGGCCCCUCCCAAACAGCGAAUGAACUGUGUGCAGCAGCUUUAAGCUUUUAAGCUCCACCCCCACCCCCACCCCCACCCCCACCCCUAUCCCCAUUGUAUCAGAAGCAAAAGGGAAGCACCUUCCCAGGAUAAACCCGUGCCUACGCGACCGCGGUGAUUUAGAACCUCUUUUCUGCUUUUUAAAAUAAUUUAUAUUUUAAAGUUGCACUUUACCUCUUUGAUUCCUUCUCGUUCCUAUGCCCUUUUCCUUGAUCUUCAGCUUGCCUGGGACCUUUACAACUGUCUGGUGAAGACUCUCGGCUGCACCCUUUCAAAUGCCUUCCAGGGCAUGUACGCCCAGUUUAUGUGUGCACACUCAUUGCUAGUCCUCACAGCCUUGUGAAGCGUGCUAAAGAAUGCCAAGAAGAGCCAAUACACGAAAUGCUUCGUCCCCUUGAUCUCUUUCUUCCUAGCAUUGUUUUGAAAAAUGGUUGCACCAUACAAUGGGGCAAUGAGGUCGCAGCAAAGCCACACUUAGUUUUCUAUCUCAUCCCCAAACCAAAGUAUCCUGAACAAGCCAGGAGACUUAUCCUCUCGUGUGCCACGAUGCACACUUCACUGUUUUCCUAGCCAUAGUCUUGGUAAGGCUGCUGAAGUCACAGUGGCCCUGUCCUCCCAUUCCCAUGUCUCAAAUAUACAAUGUUGCCUUGUAGCGAGAUUAAAGACAGCGCCUCUGUUUUAUCAUUUCAGUCUAAGGAAGGAUCAGAGAACACAGGAGCAAUAAACUUACAAGUAGACAUCUGAUACCAAAACAUAUAGAACUUUUGAAAUCAGCCUCGUUCGUCGUGUUGUGACAAUAGAAAUGUGUCCAUGUGCUCAAAGUCUCUUGCUAUUCCCUGUGGAAUUUUUCAGUGAUGUAAUGCUUGUAGCCAAAUUGCUUAAAGAGUGUUUAUAUAUUUUUUUCCUUAUAAAUCAUCUAUUUUUUGACAAAGAAAAAACCUAUUUAACUGCAAACUGAAGAGAGGGUAAAGCCGAACUGCCAGCAUUUGUUCAAACAUUAAUACCAUUAAGUGGUCCUCUGAUGCCUUUCCAAGCCUAUCAUCAGGAAGGAAUCAAUAAUCAACUGCUAUAUUUAAACCAAGUUAAAGGAUCUAGCUCAUCAGAAUACAGGACCUAGGAAGUUCUUCCUAAGCCAUUGAAGGUUCUACCUUGGGGUCUAUAUCUGAAAACUUUACAGGAAUUUUUUAAAACAUAAAGUCAUUUUGCCUCAAGUUGGAGAAUGUGGGACCUGAAUAAGUUAGCUUUAAAUACAUCAUUAGAAUCUUCCACACAGUCAAUGUAUUAGAUUCUCAUUUGCUCCUUUACAGUGCCCACACUGCCUUUAGAGAAUCAAGAUUCCAAGAGAAAGUAGUGGUGCCCCAGGGCAGGGAAUUAAGAGAAAGGACCCCUCCCAAGCAGCUUCUGGCAAGAAGACCUGCCCACCCCUUCCCUUCCAAGAGCUUUGCUAAUCUCAUCUGCCUCACAGAGAGAAACUGCCUUUAAGGACUGUCUCUGAGCGAUAAAUAAAUAAAUAAAUAAAUAAAUAAGCAAGCCUGGAAUGCCCCCUCCCCAAAAUCAUAGCUCUAUUCAAACACAAUGUUGUGGGACAAUUGGAGUAGAAACAUUGUCCAAAAAUAUAGUAGAAAAAAAGUUUAGCACUGUGUAAAGUAAAUGUUGACUGAAAAAGUCCCCCCCUCCCAAAAAAAAAGGUGCCGUCACUUUAAGUUCUGGACUUGGGGUUGUUUGUCUUUGUAAACAGCAAAGCCUUUGUGUUUGUGUGUCUGUCUGUAAAGCAACCACCUUCCAACUGGAAGGAGAAAUAAAACCUAGGGGGGGGUACAUAUGUCAUAUGUGUAAAUAUUGCUGCAGCAUUUUAAUGUGUUUAAUUUUCUGUUUAGCUUUUUGUUGCAUUGUGAACACAUUUAUUGUUACCAGUGGACAAUGAGUUCAUUAAGACUGUUCAACUAGGUCAGAUUUUUACUUCUCUUUCUAGCAAGAAGAGACAAGAUUUUGUGCAUUUGUACAAAUGUUAAUAAUAUCACCGCAAUUCCAAUAUAAUAAAGCACUCAAAUGCAAA